AUGGCGGCCAGAUUCUCGCCCGACUCACGUCGCCUUGCAAUUGUUUCCAAGAUCGAGAAAGACGAAAUACCUGACGGAAUGGCUAUCAAAAUCGAGGACCUCUCGCUGACCUCCCGACCGCACUAUAUCUACCUUGACGUGGGUUCUGUCAACUCGAUUGCCUUCUCACCCGAUAGUCUACUGUUAGCGGUCAUCUGCUAUCCCGGGAUAGUUUUCAUAUUGGAUGUCACAUAUGGGGACUUGCUGAAAACUAUCGACCCGGACUCCAACUACCAGAAUCAAAGGCAGUACAAUUAUAUUGAAAUAUUCGGCUUUUCGCCUCGUGGUCGAGUUCAGGAACCACAUCCUAUGUCGGAGGAUCGUCCCAAACGGGGGAUAAGUCGACUUUGGAGUGCCAUGAAGGGGAAAUCACCCAAAGCUCCCAUCGUCGAGUCUCCCACUCAGAGUCAAACGUGCGAAAGUCGCACCGACAAAUACGCCUUUUCUCCCGAUGGUCGAAUCCUGACAAUAGAUCCCGACGAUUGGUACUUUUGCGACGAGCACCCUCCACAUUUUGAAUUGCCCUCGUCUCUUCUAGCUGAGGGCUAUCGAUCAUAUUGUCUGUUCCUGGAUACUCCGCCCGGCAAAAGCAAUCGGAAACCCAGCUUGCGUCUAGAAUAUACUACGAACGGGUCUUCUGACGAGAACGCCGCUUCCAGUUCUCCCGAUAACACGGAGAUUUGUGUGGAAGGGGAGAAUGACGAAUGGGUGACCUUUCGAGGUCAUUCGAUUCUUUGGCUGCCACCUGAGUAUCGGCCUUUCCGGCGAGGGUCAGAUAGUGUUGUCUGGGCAACUUACAAAAACAUUCUUGCCAUGGGGCACAAAUCGGGACAGGUCACUUUCAUCAAGUUUGAUUUACCCUUCGAAGGUCUUUCAUCCUGUGCUGGGAGGACUCGGGCCGAGGUCGUGCAUCGGCCUAGCCGCGGUGCUGUAUAUAAAUAG